GCCCCCUGGGAUUUGUAGUCCUGGCAGGUCUGAGUCGCCCCUGGCGCUUCUUUCAGCUGAGUGACCGCAGGCCUCGCCUCGCUCGCUUCCUCCACCAUUUCCUGGGAGGAUGGGCUAUGAGAGCGGCCCCUGCCCAGCAGUCACAGAGGCUGAUGGCUGUUCGCCUCCUCAGCCCUUCGGCUGCCCUACAUCCUGCUGCCCACAGGCCAGAAACAAGCUCGGAGCUGCACACAUUUUGACCGCCUGUGAUGCUGCCGUCCCCCGUCGCCCCGUGGCCCCACGAUGACCCACAGCCCCGCCACAAGCGAGGACGAGGAGCGACACAGCGCCAGCGAGUGUCCCGAGGGCGGCUCGGAGUCCGACAGCUCCCCAGACGGGCCAGGGAGAGGCCUCCGGGGGACCCGGGGCCGGGGCAGCGGGACACCUGGUAGCCUGGCCUCCAUCCGAGGCCUCCAGGGCCGCUCCAUGUCUGUCCCGGACGACGCCCACUUCAGCAUGAUGGUCUUCAGGAUCGGCAUCCCCGACCUGCACCAGACAAAAUGCCUGCGCUUCAACCCCGAUGCCACCAUCUGGACGGCCAAGCAGCAGGUGCUCUGCGCCCUGAGCGAGAGCCUGCAGGACGUGCUCAACUAUGGCCUGUUCCAGCCCGCCACCUCGGGCCGCGACGCCAACUUCCUGGAGGAGGAGCGCCUGCUGCGGGAGUACCCCCAGUCCUUCGAGAAGGGGGUGCCCUACCUGGAGUUUCGCUACAAGACCCGCGUUUACAAACAGACCAACCUGGAUGAGAAGCAGCUGGCAAAGCUGCACACGAAGACGGGGCUGAAGAGAUUCCUGGAGUACGUGCAGCUCGGGACGUCUGACAAGGUGGCACGGCUGCUGGACAAGGGGCUGGACCCCAAUUAUCAUGACUCCGACUCAGGAGAGACCCCCCUGACGCUGGCUGCCCAGACGGAAGGCUCCGUGGAGGUGAUCCGGACGCUGUGCCUGGGCGGCGCGCACAUCGACUUCCGGGCCCGGGACGGCAUGACCGCCCUGCACAAGGCCGCCUGCGCCCGGCACUGCCUGGCCCUCACGGCACUCCUGGACCUCGGGGGCUCCCCCAACUACAAGGACCGCAGGGGGCUGACCCCUCUGUUCCACACGGCUAUGGUGGGGGGCGACCCCCGCUGCUGUGAGCUGCUGCUGUACAACAGGGCCCAGCUGGGUGUCGCUGACGAGAACGGCUGGCAGGAGAUCCACCAGGCCUGCCAGCGGGGCCACUCUCAGCACCUGGAACACCUGCUCUUCUACGGGGCUGAGCCCGGCGCCCAGAACGCCUCGGGGAACACGGCCCUGCACAUCUGCGCCCUCUACAACAAGGAGACUUGUGCUCGGAUCCUCCUGUAUCGCGGAGCCAGCAAGGACGUGAAGAAUAACAACGGACAGACCCCGUUUCAGGUGGCAGUGAUUGCUGGGAAUUUUGAACUGGGGGAGCUGAUCCGGAACCAUCGGGAACAGGACGUGGUGCCCUUCCAGGAGUCCCCCAAAUACGCGGCCCGCCGACGGGGGCCCCCGGGCGCAGGGCUGACAGUGCCCCCGGCCCUGCUGCGGGCCAACAGCGACACCAGCAUGGCGCUGCCCGACUGGAUGGUCUUCGCUGCCCCGGGGGCCACUUCCUCCGGGGCCGCUGGCCCUACCUCAGGGCCCCAGGGCCAGCCACCGCCCUCGGCCCCCAGCACUAAGCUCAGCAGCGGGACCCUUCGAAGUGCCAGCAGCCCCAGGGGUGCCCGGGCCCGAUCCCCAUCCCGAGGGAGGCACCCGGAGGAGACCAAGAGGCAGCCGCGCGGGCGGCCCAGCUCCAGUGGGACGCCCCGGGAAGGGCCUGCCGGUGGCACUGGGGGCUCGGGGGGCCCUGGGGGCUCCCUGGGCAGCCGCGGCAGGCGCAGGAAGCUCUACUCGGCGGUGCCGGGGCGCUCCUUCAUGGCCGUCAAGUCCUACCAGGCCCAGGCCGAGGGCGAGAUCUCCCUGAGCAAGGGGGAGAAGAUCAAAGUGCUUAGUAUCGGAGAAGGCGGCUUCUGGGAAGGCCAGGUCAAAGGUCGCGUUGGCUGGUUCCCCUCUGACUGCCUGGAGGAGGUGGCCAACCGCUCGCAGGAGGGAAAGCAAGAAAGCCGCAGUGACAAAGCAAAGAGACUGUUCCGGCACUAUACUGUGGGCUCCUACGACAGCUUUGAUGCCCCAAGCUUGAUGGAUGGGAUUGGCCCAGGGAGCGAUUACAUCAUUAAGGAGAAGACAGUUUUGCUGCAGAAGAAGGACAGCGAGGGCUUUGGGUUCGUGCUCCGGGGGGCCAAGGCGCAGACCCCCAUCGAGGAGUUCACCCCCACGCCGGCCUUCCCGGCGCUGCAGUACCUGGAGUCCGUGGACGAGGGCGGCGUGGCAUGGCGAGCCGGGCUGCGCAUGGGAGACUUCCUCAUCGAGGUGAACGGGCAGAACGUGGUGAAGGUGGGCCACCGCCAGGUGGUGAACAUGAUCCGCCAAGGCGGCAACACGCUCAUGGUCAAGGUGGUCAUGGUCACCAGGCACCCGGACAUGGAUGAGGCCGUCCACAAGAAAGCACCCCAGCAGGCAAAGCGACUCCCGCCCCCAGCCAUCUCCCUGCGUUCCAAGUCCAUGACCUCAGAGUUGGAGGAGAUGGAGUAUGAGCAGCAGCCGCCGCCGGUGCCCAGCAUGGAGAAAAAGCGGACCGUGUACCAGAUGGCUCUCAACAAACUGGACGAGAUUUUGGCCGCAGCUCAGCAGACCAUCAGUGCCAGUGAGAGUCCCGCGCCCGGUGGCCUCGCCUCCCUGGGCAAACACCGACCCAAAGGCUUCUUUGCCACUGAGUCAAGCUUCGAUCCCCACCACCGCUCCCAGCCGAGUUAUGAACGUCCUUCGUACCUGCCUCCGGGCCCCGGGCUCAUGCUCCGCCAAAAAUCCAUCGGGGCUGCGGAAGAUGACAGACCCUACCUAGCACCCCCCGCCAUGAAGUUCAGCCGCAGCCUGUCUGUGCCUGGUUCGGAGGACAUCCCCCCGCCGCCCACCACGUCCCCACCCGAGCCCCCCUACAGCACACCCCCCGCCCCCUCCUCCUCCGGCCGCCUCACCCCCUCCCACCGGGGGAGCCCCUUCAACCCCGGCUCCAGUAGCACCCACCCCGCCUCUUCCCCCUCAUCCUUCGACGGGCCCUCCCUUCCCGAGACGCGCCUGGGGAGCCGCGAGAAGAGCCUGUACCACAGCGGCCCCCUGCCCCCGCCCCACCACCACCCGCCCCAUCACCACCACCACCACGUGCCGCCCCCCCAGCCCCACCACCACCACGCCCCCCCUCACCCCCCGGAGAUGGAGACCGGCGGCUCCCCCGGACCCCCGCCCCGCCUGGCGCUGGGGCCCCAGCCCAGCCUGCGCGGCUGGCGAGGCGGCGGGCCCAGCCCGACCCCGGGGGCCGCGUCCCCGUCGCACCACGCCAGCGGGGCCGGGGGCGGCGGCUCGGCCCAGGCGCCCGCCCUGCGCUACUUCCAGCUGCCCCCUCGGGCGGCCAGCGCGGCCAUGUACGUGCCGGCCCGCUCGGGGCGCGGGCGCAAGGGCCCGCUGGUCAAGCAGACCAAGGUGGAGGGCGAGCCCCAGAAGGCCGGCGGCCUCCCGCCCGCCGCCUCGCCCACGUCCCCCGCGUCCCCGCAGCCGCCGCCCGCCCCGUCGGAGAAGAACUCCAUCCCCAUCCCCACCAUCAUCAUCAAGGCCCCGUCCACCAGUAGCAGCGGCCGCAGCAGCCAGGGCAGCAGCACCGAGGCGGAGCCCCCCGCCCAGCCCGAGCCCGCGGGCGGCGGCGGCUCCUCCGCGCCCAGCCCCGCCCCGGCCGCGUCGCCCGCGUCGCCCGCGCCCUCGCCCGUGCCCGCCCCGGCCUCGCCCAGCGGCCCCGCCACCCUCGACUUCACCAGCCAGUUCGGGGCCGCCCUGGUGGGCGCGGCGCGCAGGGAGGGCGGCUGGCAGAACGAGGCCCGCCGGCGCUCCACGCUCUUCCUCUCCACCGACGCCGGCGACGAGGACGGCGAGGGCGGGCUGGGCGCGGGCGCGCCCCCGGGCCCGCGGCUGCGCCACUCCAAGUCCAUCGACGAGGGCAUGUUCUCGGCCGAGCCCUACCUGCGCCUGGAGUCCGCGGGCGGCGCCGCCUACGGGGCCUACGGGGCCGCGCGCGCCUACGGGGGCGGCGGGGGCAGCAGCGCCUUCACCAGCUUCCUGCCGCCGCGGCCCCUGGUGCACCCGCUGACCGGCAAGGCCCUCGACCCCGCCUCGCCGCUCGGGCUGGCGCUGGCCGCGCGGGAGCGCGCGCUGAAGGAGUCCUCGGAGGGCGGCGGCGCGCCCCCGCCCCCGCCCCGGCCGCCGUCGCCGCGCUACGAGGUGCCGCCGCCCGCGCCCCACCACCACGCGCCCCACGCGCACCACGAGCCGGUGCUGCGCCUCUGGGGGGCCGCGCCGCCCGACCCCGCGCGCCGCGAGCUGGGGUACCGGCCCGGGCUGGGCGGCCAGGAGAAGGCGCUGUCGGCCAGCCCGCCCGCCGCGCGCCGCUCGCUGCUGCACCGCCUGCCGCCCGCCGCCCCCGGGGUGGGGCCGCUCCUGCUGCAGCUGGGGCCCGAGCCCCCCGCCCCGCACCCCGCCGCGAGCAAGGCCUGGCGCGCCGGCGCCGCGGAGGAGCCCGAGCGGCUGCCCCUGCACGUGCGGUUCCUCGAGAACUGCCAGCCCCGGGCGGGCGGCGCGGCGGGCAGGGGGCCGCCGGCGGAGGACGGGCCGGGGGUCCCGCCGCCCAGCCCCCGCCGCGCGCUGCCGCCCUCGCCCAUCCCGCGGGGCGGCGAGGAGAACGGGCUCCCGCUGCUGGUCCUGCCGCCGCCCGCGCCCUCGGUGGACGUGGAGGACGGCGAGUUCCUCUUCGUGGAGCCGCUGCCCCCGCCCCUGGAGUUCUCCAACAGCUUCGAGAAGCCCGAGUCGCCCCUCACGCCGGGGCCGCCCCUCCCGCUGCCGGACCCCCCGACCCCCACCGCCCCGCUGCCGCCCGGGCCGCCCCCCGCCGUCGCCGCCGCCCCGCCCGCCCUGGACUCCACCGCGUCCAGCCUGACGUCCUACGACAGCGAGGUGGCCACGCUGACCCAGGGGGCCCCCGGGGCUCCCGGGGACCCCCUCCUCCGGGGCCCCGGCCCCGCCGCCCCGCCGCCCCCCGCGCCGCAGCCCGGCCCGGACCCGCCGCCCGGCACGGACUCGGGCAUCGAGGAGGUGGACAGCCGCAGCAGCAGCGACCACCCGCUGGAGACCAUCAGCAGCGCGUCCACGCUCAGCAGCCUGUCCGCGGAGGGCGGCGGGGCGGGCGCGGGCGGCGGCGCCGGGGGCGCCGGGGUGGCCGCUGGGCCGGAGCUGCUGGACACGUACGUGGCUUACCUGGACGGCCAGGCCUUCGGGGGGAGCGCCCCGGGCCCGCCCUACCCCCCGCAGCUCAUGACUCCCUCUAAGCUCCGGGGCCGCGCCCUGGGGGCCGCCGGAGGGCUGCGGCCCAGCCCGGGCGGGGGCCUGCGAGAGCCCGUCACCCCCACCAGCCCCACGGUCUCGGUGACCGGCGCCGGGGCGGACGGGCUGCUGGCCCUGAGCGGCUGCGCUGGACCCUCGCCGGCGGGUGUGGCCGGGGGGCCGGGGAACGUGGAACCAGAAGGCCCACCGGUGCCCUUGCCGGCGGCCUCCUCCCUGCCUCGGAAGCUGCUGCCCUGGGAGGAGGGCCCGGGCCCGCCGCCACCACCCCUGCCCGGGCCCCUGGCCCAGCCCCAGGCCUCAGCCUUGGCCACCGUCAAAGCCAGCAUCAUCAGCGAACUCAGCUCCAAGCUUCAGCAGUUUGGGGGCUCCUCGGCAGCUGGGGGCGCUUUGCCCUGGGCCCGGGGAGGCAGCGGGGGCAGCGGGGACAGCCACCACGGGGGAGCCAGCUACGUCCCCGAGAGGACCUCCUCCCUCCAGCGGCAGAGACUCAGCGACGACUCGCUCCUCUCCAAGCCUGUCAGCAGCCUGUUUCAGAACUGGUCCAAACCACCUCUGCCGCCACUCCCCACAGGAACCGGGGUGCCCCCUUCAGCUGCUGCAGCCCAGGGGGCCACCUCGCCCUCGGGCUCCUCCUCCUCCACCCGCCACCUCCAGGGUGUGGAGUUCGAGAUGCGGCCGCCUCUGCUCCGCCGGGCCCCCAGCCCCUCCCUGCUGCCCGCCUCGGAGCACAAGGUCAGCCCGGCACCCCGGCCCUCGUCCCUGCCCAUCCUGCCUUCUGGACCCCUCUACCCGGGCCUUUUUGACAUCCGCGGCUCCCCCACCGGAGGCGCCGGCGGCUCCGCGGAUCCCUUCGCUCCAGUCUUUGUGCCGCCGCACCCCGGGAUCUCCGGGGGGCUCGGCGGAGCCUUGUCGGGGGCCUCCCGCUCCCUCUCGCCGACCCGCCUGCUUUCGCUGCCCCCAGACAAGCCCUUUGGCGCUAAGCCUCUGGGGUUCUGGACCAAGUUCGACGUGGCCGACUGGCUGGAGUGGCUGGGCCUGGCUGAGCACCGGGCCCAGUUCCUGGACCACGAGAUCGACGGCUCCCACCUGCCCGCCCUCACCAAGGAGGACUACGUGGACCUGGGCGUGACCCGGGUGGGCCACCGCAUGAACAUCGACCGGGCGCUCAAAUUUUUCCUGGAGAGGUGAUGGCUGGCCUGGACGGACCAGCCGUCCACAGAACCCCGCAGCCCGCCGGCCUCCUGACCUCCGACCCUGACGCGCCUUCUCUCAGACUCGUGUCCGCCGAGGCCGCGGGUCACCGGGUGGCGCCAUCCCGGCCAGACAUU